GCAAAGGGGAAAAUUGUGUAUACAACAUCUUAUGAAAUGAACCAUCACGGUACUCGUGUUGUAACAAUACCAGGAAGUCUAGCACCCAAGCUCUCCCCAUAUGCGUAUGUGACAGCUUUCUACACUUUGACUGGAAGAAAGUUUCAAAUUGUGGCAGAUUACAUACAGCUGAAUGUGACAAAUCAGUGCCUGCAAGAGCUGCAAGUUCUACAUGCCUCGUUUGUCCAGGACCCCAAGCACAACAUAAAGCAACCUGCUGGUGAUGCCAGACUCCGGCUGAUAGGAGCCACUGGGAUGUUGGUUGGUCUGCUGGCUGUUGAUAAAGCUGUCUAUGUUGUUAACAAUCAGAAGUCAUUGUCACGUGACUUGCUAUUCAGUGAGCUUGCAAGUCAUAAUCUGGGAACUGGUGAAAAGAACAAGUUGGACAAUUUAAAAUACAAGGAUAUAUUUAAGAAAGCUGGUUUCAUUUUGUUGACAAACAUGGAGAUAGUACAGAAAGAAGUUCGUAAACCACUCUUUAAUAAGAAGCCUCAAAGCAAUAGAGGAAGACUGAGACCCCAGUUUGGUCUCAGUGGACCAUUUUUUAACUUCUUUAAGCCAGAUGUAGUACACGAGGUUUUAGCCAGGCCAUCUGUAGAGUACGAUUGGAACAUAGUGGAGGAGGACGACUUUGAGACAAUCUCACUGCCAUCGCCUAGAAGAUAUUUCCCAGAAUCAUGGUUGUUUCAAGAGGAAUUAUUGAGCCAAAAAACCAAAAUGAUCUCCGUUAAACUGCCCGAUUCAAUUACAACUUGGGUAAUUGAGGCUGUUGGUGUCUCGGCCAGUCAAGGUGUUUGUGUCUCCAAACCUCUUGAGUUGAUUACGUUUAAACCGUUCUUUAUGAACGUGAGGCUGCCAUACAAAGCGGUUCGACUUGAGAAAGUGAAUAUUCGCUUUUCUGUCUUUAACUACCAGAUGAGAUCUCUUAAGAUUUUAGUCACUAUCACUGCUGAUGAGGCAAUCUGCAUCACUGACAAAACUCAUGGAAAAAAGAAACUGCGUUACCAAACAAGGAUUGCUCCUGAUAGCAGUAAAGGAAAUGAUUAUAGCGUUAUUCCCUUGAAGGCAGGUCAUCAUAAAAUCCGACUUGUGGUCAAAGGAGCUAGGCAUGUUGAUGUUAUUGAAAAGACUCUUUAUAUUGUGGCAGAAGGAAAGCAAGUGAAGAAGACAUUGUCCUUCCCUCUUGAUCCCACGGGAAGACGACUCCAGAAUGUUACAGCACAUGGAACAUUCGUCACCAAGGGAAGCACCAUUCACAAUAUUUGGAAUCUGAGAAAACAAGAACAGAAGACUUUGGUAGACCUAGCACUUCCUGCAGAGCUGAUUCCUGGAACUGAUCGAUGCGACAUUUUUGCCUAUGGUGAUCUGAUGGCCGAUGUCAUUGUGAUGAUGCUGUCGGGUAAUGCAGACUUGAUGGACUCAACAGUGUCUGAUGCUGAAGAGGUUCUGGGGAACCUCGCCCCAGUGAUCCACGCCAUCAAGUACAUCCAGCUAGCCAAGCUGAAGACACCUGAUGUGGAAGAAAAGGGACACAUCUUUGUGCGAAACGGAGUGGCCAACUUACUUAAGUAUCGGAAGUCAGAUGGCUCCUUCAGUCUCCUUCCUGAUUCCCAGUCAUCAACAUGGUUCACGGCUGUUGUGUUGAAGAUGUUGUGCCAGGCGCAAGACAUCGCCCACAUCGACGAAGACUUUAUCAACACGGGAUUCUUGUGGCUGCUUGAUCACAUCAACGAUGAUGAUACAAUGGAGGAGACAGACUCAACAUAUGACCAUUUUCAGAGUUCUCAGGACAAGAUUCCAAACCUGGCUGCAGAAGUGUUGAUAGCUCUGAUGGAAUGUGACCUAACAGAACAACCAGACCACCUGCAGCUGCAAGCUUCCCUUCUGUUCUAUCUGGAGGACUACUUUGAAGAGAUAGUUGACGUGCUGGUUCUCGCCAAGGUAGCCUACGCCCUGUAUUUGACAGAGAGUCCAGAUCUACCAGAUGUACUGCACAUGCUUACUAAUGCCAAGAAAGUCACACCAGAAGGCCUGGUGUAUUGGUCGGACCAGGAGGACUUGGAAGAGGACAUGACGAAGCCUCACUGGUACCAGCAGGGGCCGGACGGGCUCACAGUUGAGGCCACCGCCUACUCUCUAUUGGUCUCCCUGGAACAGACGGUCACCGAGGUGGACGUUCAACCAAUCGCUGAGUGGCUUGUCAGACAGCGCGGAACAAACGGAGCCUUUGUCGGCGCUCUGGACACGGCAAUAGCCACUCAAGCUCUGGCUGCCUACAGUCUUGACAGGAGCACUCGGCACCCUCGGUCAGACCUGCACUGUAACAUCUCCACGGAACAUUCGUCCAAAUAUCACAGCACUAUAAAUUUCUCACACAAGGAUUCUAUAGUCCGGAAAGCACUCUCAAAUGUUCCCACUGGAGAAAAUUACAAGUUUAUAUCUAGUGGCACAGGUCUGGGAGAAGUACAAAUAGAGGCAUCUUACAAUGUUCCAGUUGGCAAAAAUGACAACUGUCGAUACAAUAUUUCUGUUACUCGUGGACCGUUAAAACUAACGCGGGAUGAAAACAUACAGACACGGCGUAAUCCACUGUGUAAGUAUUGUGGAUUUGGCUGCGGUGCUGCUACAAACACGAGUGAUGAUAAUGGAAACGAAGGCCGCGACGGUGUGACUCGAGUGUCGUUCAGCGGAGCCUCAAUUUGUGUGGAAAUCUGUUUAAGGCGAGCAGACGGCAAGGCAGGACAGGGUGUGACUGUUGAGGCGGGAAUGCUGAGUGGCUACGUACCUUUACCUAUAUCAGCAGAACAGAUGUUAAUAAUGACAGAUGGUCGUGUGAAAAGCCAUAAAUAUGAUCACUACAAAGAGAUCUUGGUCACUCAUUUUCACUCGGUUCCUGACAAUGAAUCAACGUGUUUUGGAUUUUUAGCUAAAGAUCAGAAUGUUGUAUCUCGACAUCGUCCUGCUGCCAUCACACUAACUGAGCAAGGCAAAAGAGGUGCCAGCUGCAGUUUAUCGUAUGAUGCGGGAGGGGAGGUUAGUCUGCCCGUGUUGUGUACCCAGCCUUCCGAGUCCAAGAGUAGAGAGUGUAUUUGUACCUCAGGUUCCUGUGGUGUCUGUGCACGAUCAAGGCAGCAUAACAGAUUGUUUAUCCUCGUUCACAAAAUUUGCUCAGCAGAUUAUGUGUAUCAGAUUCAGUACCGGGAGUCGGAGCAGUUUGGUCCAUGGAAACGCAUACCAGCCGAGGUUCUCACUGUGAAUAAAGAAGGGCACAACAGAGUGGUGCCAGGACAAGAUAUCAUUCUGAAUGUACCACAGUACUGUCGGUGUCCUGCAUACCCACCGGGGGUACCACACUAUUUGAUUGGAACAGAUUUAUCUCGCACCAAAGACAUUGAGGGAAUAGAACUUUUCAGGUACAUUGUUGAUGAUUCAACAUUUUUUGCCUUGGUCGAGAAAUCCAGAGAAUUACAGCCUCAAAGUAAAUGGAAAGGAUAUUUCAUUAAGAAGAUAUAUUUCAGGGCUGCACUUAAUCGAGACAAACAGAAAAGAUGUUGAAAGUAAACUUCAAGUCACAGACAAACGAUAGAGGAAAUAACAUUUGAUGUUAUGCUGUUCAGUGUACAUAUUUAUUCCUAUGAGUUGUGAAGAUAUUGAAAUGAACCCUGUCUGACUUGUAUGUCCAAAACAAAAUUUCAAGUCAUAGGAAAAUGGUGGAACAAAAAGGUUGGGUGUUACACUAUACAGUGUUAACGAAAGGAAUAUUUGUGUAAAAUUUUUAGUAUAUUCAAAUAAAUUUUGCAUUUUCA